CCACACAUUGAAAGAGCCAUGGAGGAGCAGAGGAGGCCCAGGAAGCUGGGCUCAAGCCGACGAAAGCAGCUACGAGACGUGUUUGGUGGUGCAAAGACAUCCCCGAUCCCGGAGGAGGAGCCGUUCCCACCCGAAAUAAUGGAAAAGGUUCAGGAAUUCUUCCAGGAAUGCGACAAGGACCAGAAAGGUUUCAUCACACGUGCCGACAUGCAGAAACUGAAGAAGGAGGAUUUCCCAUGCAGCGCAGCGGAGCUGGAGCUGGUCUUUGAUGGUCUCGAUACCGACAGGAAUGGAUAUUUAACUACGGAGGAAUUCACCACAGGGCUCAAGCAGUUCCUGAGCUUGCAGACCGUGACAAGGCAGCACAGGAGGAGGAAGACAGCUUCCAGGAGGGUGUACAUGUCCCGCACAGACUACUCCCUGGAGGAAGCAGACAGCGAGGAAAGAAAAUGCUUCAGAGCAUUCAUGGACCAACUGGGAGCAGAAAAUAUCUUUGAAGACCAAUCAGAGAUUUGGAGACUGUGGGUGAAGCUCCGUCAAGACGAGCCUCACCUGUUGGGGAACUUGGAGGAGUUCUUGGCCACGAUGACGCACCGGAUCAAGGAAGCUCGGAGCGAAAAGGUGACGCUGGAGCUGACCUUGAACAAACGGGUCACUGAUCACAACCGGGAGGUGCAGCAGCUGUACGAGGAAAUGGAGCAGCAAAUAAACCGGGAGAAGCAGCGCCUGCAGCAUGAGAGUAAAGCAAGAAGUCACCUGCACACCACGGAGGUGCAGAGAGCACUAGACGUUGUGGAUGGGGAAGUGCAGCGCUUGCUGGUGGUUCAAAGUGAGCUCGAGACCCAGUUCCACAGCCUCAGCACCAAGCAGCACGCUGCCACCAGCGAGAACCAGAGGCUGAAAGAAAACAACCAGGACCUGGAGAACCAGCUGCAGCAAAUCCACAUUCAGCUCCAGGAGACCCAAGGGCAUCUGGGUGCUAUGAGGGGCAGGAUAUCUCAGCCGCACGACGAGGAAGGGAGGGACAAACCAUUGGCUGAGGCGACCUGUGAGAUCCUUCCGCCUUCCCAGGAAACUUUGAAUGAGGAUAAAAUAUUCUGCUCUGAAAGGUAUAUUAGACUUGGAUCCCAGCAGAGCGAUGAUAUACCAGACAGCUCCCGUCAGCCGGUGCCAUACGGUAUUUCAUUUUCUCCUGAAGCUGAUUCGGGACAGAGGACAAGAGUGAUCUCCACAGAAGAAGACCCCUUCACAGAGUUUAUGAAAAAGGGAGAGGCGUUCUUCCAGCAGGAAUUUUCAGGCCAAAGCUCUUUGCUCAGUGAACUGAAUGAUGCAAUAGCAGCUCUGAACAAGGUGUCUGAAUCACAAGUACCAGGGACAGAUGACCUACUGCUUGGGGAUGCUUCUUUACAGCCAGCCAGACAAGGUGGGGAUUCUGAGCAAAGAAUCAAGCAGGUCAGAGAUUCAGAGCAUCAGGUGCUCUCAAGAAAUGACAAUGAACUGAAGGCCCUGCCUGAGGCACUUUCAGUCCUUUCCACCAAUCAGGCUACAUCCCAAAGAGAGGCUCUUAAACAGGGACCAACUCAAGCAGAACCUCAUGCACAGGAGGUGAAGCAGGCUCGGGCUUCUGAGCCAGCAACGCAGGAUCAGGCUCAAAAACUCACGAAGAAAGAGGUUGUUUAUGCAGAGGUGCAGCCCCCUGCUGUUUCAGAGCUGGCAAUGCAAGCCACCAUUCACAAGCAGAACCCGCCAGAGGGAGGUGUUCUCCUGCCAGGUGUAUCACAGCCUGGCAUUACAGAGCAGGCAGAUGAAAUUCAGAAGUGGGUAUCAAUGAAGAGAGAUGUGGUCCUUGCAGAUGAGUGGCCACCUGCUGUUUCUGAGCAGGCACUGCUGAAGGAAAAGUCUCCAGAAAUGAAAGCGCCGGAGGAGAAGACAUUUGAGCAGAGAGAGCCACCAAAACAGGAGACACCACCAACUUAUUUCCCUCAUGUGGGAGCCCUGCACAAAGAAGGUGUAGAAAAUGAACAAGAAGAAGCCCUUCUCAGAGCCAGCCAGCUGGGGGAUACACUCCAGGCCAAGACGCAGCCCCAAAGCACUGGGAAACCAGAAGCAACACGGGCAGAAGAAACAAGAGGAGACAUGGAUAUUUUUCAACAAGAGGAGAAGCAAACGAGCAGUGUGAAAGCGAACGAGGAUGCAAUCCCCAAACUGGGAGGCCAAGGGUACCAAGCUAAUGUGACACCAGAGCAGCCAGGUGGAGCUGCUAAAGCCAUCACGGAGACCUGCCCUGAUCCAGACCAUCUUUAUAACGUGUUGUUUGUGGGGGACUCAAACGUUGGCAAAACAUCGUUUCUGUACCGGUUACACGAGAAUUCCUUCAACCCAAGCCUAACUGCUACUGUAGGAAUGGAUUAUCGGGUCAAAAACCUUUUUGUGGACAACAAGUGCUUUGCUCUACGCCUAUGGGACACGGCUGGCCAAGAAAGGUACCAUAGCGUCACCAAGCAGUUCUUCCGAAAAGCUGACGGAGUGGUGUUGAUGUAUGAUGUCACUUCAGAAUACUCCUUCGCGGAUGUGCGGUACUGGCUGAGCUGUAUCCAGGAAGGAGCAGGAGAUGGAGUUGUCAUCCUUCUACUUGGUAACAAAACAGACUGUGCCACAGAAAGACAGGUAUCUACUGAAGAGGGUGGACGCUUGGCUAAGGAGUGUGAGCUCUUGUUUUAUGAAUGCAGUGCUGCAUCAGGCCACAAAGUCUCUGAAUCCAUGAUUGACUUAGCCAGAUCACUGAAAGCUCACGAAGACAGAUUAAAAACUGAGGUGGUGGAGGUACCAGCGCCACCAAAGAAGAAAAGAGGUUGCUGCAGAUGA